ACAAUGCUUCCCCUUCUACUGUUGAUGCUUUUGUCACAUUCGCGGUGGGUAGCCACCGCGAAUGUAACCAAUGGUUGUAAUUCAAUCGCAAAGAACAUUUUCAUUUUAUCUGGACAAAGCAACAUGUCAGGGCGUGGUGGAGUCUUUAAUCAGACCAGCUCAUCAGGUAUGGUUAAUUUGACUUGGGAUGGUAUUGUUCCGCCUGAAUGUCAGCCCAAUCCAUCAGUCCUCCAACUCAACGGAGGACUUACAUGGGUUGAGGCUCACGAGCCCUUGCACAAAGACAUAGAUGUGAAUAAAACUUGUGGGGUUGGGCCGGGUAUGUCAUUUGCUAAUGAACUCAAAAUGGAUGACCCGGAUAUUGGAGUGAUUGGAUUGGUCCCCUGCGCGAUAGGAGGGACAAAUAUUACUCAAUGGGUGCGCGGUGGAUGGCUUUAUAACGAAAUGAUAAGGAGGACUAAGGUCGCGUUACAAGGUGGAGGGACGAUAAGAGGGAUGUUGUGGUACCAAGGGGAGAGUGAUGCAAUUGAUCUUGACGAUGCUAAAUUGUAUAAAGGUAGAUUGAAGAAAUUCUUUAAAGAUGUUCGUAAGGAUUUGGAGCUACCUACACUCCCUAUUGUUCAGGUGGCAUUGGCAACAGCACCAGGGCCAUAUAUGGAAGUGAUUAGAAAAGCUCAAUUGGGAAUUAAUCUUCCAAAUGUGAGAUGUGUAGAUGCUAAAGGGCUUCCAAUUGGGCCAGAUUUGUUGCAUCUUACAACUCCAGCACAAGUCCAACUUGGGAAGAUACUGGCUAAUGCCUUCCUUCAAACUCAGAGGGUGUUUCUCCCCUCUUCAAAUUCAAACUAG